GAAUGUAAAUUAUGAAUGCCGUAAAUAAAUUUUGGAUUUAAAUCCAAGAUUAUUUCAGAAGAGGAAUUAAUUUUCAAAAACUUUUAGAGUUAGACCAAGAUAACUCUGCAACGAUUUUGUAGCACAGAGCGUGGAAGUGUUACAUUAAACGUCAUAAUUUAAUAGAUAUUACCGCUAAGUUAUAUUGUAUGUCUAUGCCGUUGAGUUAUCUUGGUGGUAUAAUAGUAUCCACAGACGACCGCAUCGGACCGCGACCUUAAUGCGACUUGGAGCCGUGCGCCGCAUUUUCGAUCGUGUGUAAGGCAACAGUACGGCAGUUAAGAACGCACCUAUAAGUGAGAGCGAGAUAACGAUAUUUUGACCGCACCAAAGUCGCGGUCCGGUGCGAUCAUUGACGAUCUUCAUAAAUUUGAUGAAAUGAUACAAUUACUGGCAACAAUUAAAAAUUAUUCCAAGCUGUUCGAGCACCAGCAAAUAACGCAUUGUUUGUUAAAAAAUUGCGACGAUGAAUGUUUAGUUGAGAGUGAAUGAAAUAUUGUAAACUAUCUGUCUCCUUCGCUUUGGUUGGUUGGUUGGGUGCGCUGCCGUUUAUCGUGCUUCAUGAUUUUAUAAAGAUUUUUCGUUUCGUUAAUCAAUUAUAAUAUCCUUACCUGCAAUUCUGCAUCGGUUUGUUAUAUGUGUUCAUAGUGAUAUUUUACUGUGCAUGGUAAUCAAUGCUGCUGUGCACUGAAUAUGGCUGACGAAAGACUAGUGGUCCUAAACCGUAGUGAUAAUUUGGGAUUUGGAUUCUCACUGCUCGGCGAAGCCGGUUUGCCACACAUUAUAUACGAAAUCGAAGAAAACUCUCCUGCAGCUCGUAGCGGCGAGGUGGAGGCUGGAGACGUAUUGCUCAAGGUCAAUGGGACUGACGUGAACCGGUUCACCACACGAGAAGUUUUAAAAUGUUUGCGACUAUCGUCGGAUCCCGUCACUUUAAGACUGAAAAAGGACCCACAGAUCAAAGCGAACGUGAGGCGGUACUUGUCGUCCGGCGAGCGGCGGACGAGUGGACCGCGAACGAAUCACGAUAAAAACUCACCACCCUCUAGCAAGUCAAGCAAAUCCUCCAACAGCAACUCCUCGAGUAACUCCUCAAGCAACGGGUCGGGCGUGCAAUCGGGCGAGAGUUGUGAAGCCCUCCUAACAGAAGACCGCGUGGACCGGCGGCCUCGGGCUAAUCAACCCAAGUUCGAGGCCUACAUGAUGACGGGGGACCUCAUGCUCAACCUGUCGAGGGUUGAGCAUCCACACCACAACAACCAUGUGCCUAUGCACCGGACACAUUACCAUAGGUACAAUUCGACGCCAGCAUCACCAAUAGAAAGCCGGUUAGGCGGGCGGGAGGUCACACAGCGGCACAACUCCUCGCCCGACACCGGUCUAUUGGGAGACCACUCCAACAAAUUAUAUAGUUCCCAACCCGCGUCGCCGGCCAGCGGCACGGCGGGCGCCGAGCUGCCGGCGCGCGCGCCGCUCGCCGUGCGGACCUCGCGCUCCGAGGACCAUCUCCAGAAGGAGUCUUCCCUGAGCGCGGUAGCAGUAGACAUGGAGGAAGACGUGACGUCAUCACUCAACACGUUGCUCGACGCGCGGCCCGACUCAGCCACCCCCGGGCCUCGCUCCGAGUCGGACCCCGUCCGGGACAGCAGGAUCGUGUGGACCUACAACGCCCCUGUUUCGUCGGCAUCAGAGCGGACACACUGCAACGGCUCGGGGCACACAUCAAAUUCCACUUCCAUCUCCGACGGCAUGUCGCAGAGGUCGUCGUCGCCCGCGUCGCCCACGUCGGCGUCGUCGUCGGCCAUGUCGUCGCGCGCCACGCCGCCGCACCGCGCGCCCGCGCCCGCGCACGCGCCGCACAACAUCAACCACCGCCCGCUCAAUGGCGACAUGAGUCUCUCCGAAGCCGUCUCAAACAUCUCUAGCCCCGACUACCAAGACCAAGACGACAUAUUCGAAACCGGCCGUGAGUGCCCGCGGAUGGAGCUCUCCGACCCCUCGGACUCCGACUCAACCAUACUAGUCUCCGAACCUUGCCAUAAGAGGGCUAAGUCUAACUCGUUCUCGAACGAUCAUGGAAGCGAUGUGACGCUGAAUGGGGAUAAUAAUGACUACAGAAUAGUAAUACAGGUCAAAGGGCCGGAUAAAGGAGGAAAUGCGGAGAAUGUAAAUAAUAAUAAUAGUUACGCGAAUGGAAAGGAGAAUGGACAUUUACCGGAGAAUCAGGGGUAUCAGGAACUCUGUAGCGGCUCCGACGUGGGCUCGGACGAGGGCUCGGACGUGGACUCGCUGCACUCCUUCCACUACAGCCCCAAGGCCGUCGACAUCCCCUCCGCCGAGCGCCUCGCCAAACGGCUAUAUCACCUUGAUGGAUUUAAAAAGUCAGAUGUGUCCCGGCAUUUGAGUAAAAACAACGAGUUUUCUCGCGCUGUGGCCGAGGAGUACGUGAAGCACUUCGACUUCGCCGGUGCGACACUCGACGCGGCGCUGCGAGAAUUUCUCGCGAGAUUCGCGCUCAGCGGCGAGACGCAGGAGCGCGAGCGCGUUCUGGUGCACUUCUCGCGGCGGUAUCUCGAGUGUAACCCAGGCUCGUUCAACUCGCAAGACGCGGUGCACACCUUAACAUGCGCAAUAAUGCUCCUCAAUACCGACCUGCACGGUCUCGCAUCCGGCGGCGCGUUCCGGCGGAUGUCCUGCGCGGAGUUCGUCGACAACCUCGCCGAGCUCAACGAUGGCGAGAACUUCCCGCGCGACACUCUCAAACACCUCUACCACGCCAUCCGGACACAGCCGCUGCAGUGGGCGCUCGACACAGACACGCCAGCGGCGGCAGCGACGGCAGCAGCGGGCGCGGAAGCGACUCGAGCCGGCGCCAACCCGUUCCUAGAUGUGCCCGAUCAGUCACGUGCCGUCGAAUACAAGAAGGGCUACGUCAUGAGGAAAUGCUGCGUCGACCCUAAUGGCAAGAAAACUCCGUUCGGCCGACGGGGUUGGAAGAUGUUCUACUGCACGCUGCGAGAUCUCGUGCUGUUCCUACAUAAAGACGAACACGGGUUCCGACGCGGACAGAUGUCUGAUAAUCUACACAAUGCCAUUCGAAUACAUCACGCCCUAGCGACGAAAGCGACAGACUACACGAAAAAGCAGCACGUUUUUAGAUUGCAAACGGCGGACCAGGCCGAAUAUCUCUUCCAGACAAGCGACUCAAAGGAGCUGUGUUCGUGGGUGGAGACGAUCAAUUUCGUGUGCGCCGCGUACUCCGCGCCGCCGCUGGCCGGCGCCGUGGGCUCCCAGCGCAAGUUCCAGCGCCCGCUGCUGCCCUGCUCGCACACCAGGCUCUCCAUGCGUGAGCAACUAGCGGAACAUGAAGAGCGAGCGGCGCGUUUAGAAGAAGAGUUGGCAGCGCUCAGGCACGCGCGCGACGGGCCCGCCAACAGGGACAAGGACCUCUACUUGCAGUAUGAGGUGAAGCGGUACCGCACGUACGCGGCGGUGAUGCGCGCCCGCGCGGGCGGCGCCAGCGCAGAAGCGGCGGCCCCCGCGCUGCCGGCGCGCGCGCCGCCGCCGCCCGAGCGCGCGCCGCCGCCCUGACGCGCCAUGGCGGUGUUCGCCGCCUGCGUGCUGUGACCCGCGCCGCCCCGCGCCCCCGCCCCCGCCCCCGCCCCCGCCCCCGGCCUGCUCGGCGCCCUCAGGAACCUCUUCUGCGGAACUGACGUCCUACUCUAACCAUCCACCAUUGGUACGCUACCUCCCAUUCGGCAGUAUACGCGACGGGUUGGAAAGGUCUUGGAAUAUUGACGGGCCGUUUAUAUCAUAAGUUAUAACUCGAUUUCCACCUCUUUUGAAAUCUUUGAGGAUCAUCAAUAACUGAACAAAAUAACCAAAAAAGUGGAAACUAACAUAUAUAUAUACGAAAUUUCUUAUUUGAAAGAGUAUUUAUCGAAGUUCUAGGUUGUCUUCAGGAUCUAAAUGCGAAAUAAGAAACUAACGAUUUUCUAAUCUUGCCUUCUUUUCUAUCACUUUCCCAUUAAUAUUAUUCUUCUACUCGUCGACUGUAAUAGUUGAAUUAUGAUUUCGUAUACCAAACUGUUAUUACGUACUUUUUAUGUAUAGGCUCCCAACUCGACUAUAAUAUUCAUAAGCAAACGCUGUAGUCAACUAUAAUGAAAUUGACCAGUCACGGGCGCCGCGAUCCAGUGGAAAAAACACCAACGCGCGACUAAUUCAUGAGUAAUAUUCAUAUAUUAUGCACGCAUUGAUGUCUUUUGUAGUACUGAGAUACUUACCGAAUUUUUUUUAAUUAUUUAAGUUUUAUAGUAUGUGGAAAAAUUAUUGUAUACAAUUGUGAUAAUCAAGCUCAUCAAUCUCGUACCUUCAUUAGGCCACUCAGCAAGCUUCGUGGCCUAAACGUGGUACUCGACUGAAAAGCCCUCUAUUAUAUCACGAUUGUAUAAAAUACUGUUAUUCAUUAUUAUUUAAUAAAUUAUUAAACUUUGUUUACAUCACAAAGGAUACUCGCAUCUUUGAACUUUCUAAGACAAACUGUAUCAAAUCUAAAAUGAAACAAAUCUCUUCUGUGCCAUUAAAAUGUAAGUUAUGAGAACGUAUAAUUGCGAUCUCCAGUGAUUUAUAUUUAAAUCAUGAUGAGUUUGAGCGCAAUUUCUCUGGCAAUAAGUUGAGGUACAAUUAUAUCAAACAUUGUAUCGAAUUUUCAAUAAAAAAAAUCUAAUUACAUUACCGCAGAGCCCAAGCCAAUAUUACAAACCUUUACAACCAAUCGGUAUAUCCAAAUGAGAGGUUAAAAUUCAUCCCACCUAAUUAGAUCGUGACCAAAAAUAUAAAUAACGAAUAAUCUGCGACCCGAACGCGACCUUUUAUUCUAGCGACCUAGGUAUAAAACAUUUAGUUUAUGACAGCGAUUUCAAUAGAUACUAGCUUAGCUAGUUCUAGUUAAAAUAGCCCUAAGACCUUUUGUAACUAACAAUUCUCAUUUUGCGAGAUAUGAUCACUUUACUUUUUUGAUCAGAAAACUGUGGCAUAGUGUCUUAGAAAUUAUUCUAAACCAGCCAGCCCAGGUUAAUCUAGCCAAAUCCGUUGGCGAGAAAUUCCUGACACGAGCGCGGUUUUCUAUUGUACACUACUGUUAACUUUAUCGAUAAGUAGCGAUAGCUUUUAUUCCCACCAGCCAAAAGCAGAUGGUAUGCUGGUGCUGACAACUUUAAAAAAAUAUACAGUUUUGACCGAGUAACAUGACCUGACAUAAUAGUACAUUACGAUACAAGUGCAAAGAGAAGGAUAUUCGUAAAUAGUGGCGAUAAAUAAAAACAUUAUAACUUUCUUCUAUUUUGUUCUAUAUUUCUUGCUAUAUUAUACUGCUAAUUACCGCACUAGGGCGGUAAAGUAGCACCAUUUGUACUGUAAAAAAUAAUGAUGCUGUUACACUGAGUUGGUCACCGAAAGCCUUCCAAAAUCCUUAUAGAUCGUGUUAUUCACGACGACGUGUGCCUUGACUCGUAUUGUCAUGUAAUUAAAGGUUAGAUUUGACAAAUCUGCGCGUCAUUGUGGAUGACACGAACUAUAAAUAUCUCUAUUUCAACAGCUUUCUGAAAAACAAAGAAAAAGUUAAGUGAUCUUAUACAAAGCACAGAAAGGCUAUAAUACUGGUUUAUAGCGUUUUAUAGUGCCUACUAUAGCCCUUAUAACUAUGUAAACUGUAUGUUAGCAACACGCAGGCCGCAUGCCCGGCCAGUCCAUUCUAGUCGCACGCGUAGCCAAGUGCAGUCAGAAGUAGCUGAGCGGACGAGGAUCUUAACACAACUUGUUAUGCCCUCCUUAACAAAAUCAAAACUGUCAUUUUUCCUUUCACCAGUAACUUCACUUCAGCAAAAGGUGCUUUUCGAGAGUAAAUACACGAUUUAAGGCUCCUUUAGACCGUGCGAGAACUCGCAUGCGAGUUUCAUUACAUUGCGGUAUUUGAUCGGUCGGCGAAUUGGAUGUAACCUCAAUAGUCCGCAAUGUAACUAACAUUGCAUUCGAGUUCGUGCACCGUCUAAAUGAGCCCGUAUUGUAAAAAAAACUGUCCAAAUACUCCAAAUAAUUAUGGUAUGGCUUCAAGCCCUACAAUAUUUGAAGAAUUCCCUCGAUUUCUCCAGUAUCCCAUUACCAGAUCCUGACGUGAUUACAAAUGGGCUAACUUUGAAGAAUACCCGUUCAAAUAAAUAAAUAAAAACACCAAAGAUUUGUGUACGUUUUAGAAAUCGUUAAGCCUUUGACCGCCAAAGACGUCAACUGACGCGCGGCUACAGUCCAAUAUCAACUUUCGUGCAUUGCGACAAGGUUCACGAUGACGUGCCGUGCACGAUAUACAUUCAA